AUGACUUCUGCUCCGGUCGCCCUGACUCCUUUAUCGUAUAUCUUCCCUCUCUGGCUGCUGUAUACGGUUCCGGUCUCCGCGUCGACUGGGUUACACAUGAAACGCUCUGGAAGUGUCGAUGCUCCUCCGUCGCUGAACAGAUCGCUACUUGCCAUCCAACUGGGAAGCAUCGCUGGCGCCUACGUUUUAUUUGUUGCCGUUCUUCUUGCCCUGCUUCUCUUUGUUGGACGACGCCUGCGUCGGACAGUCCACUCUUCCAACUACUCCUUGCAAAUGCAAAUUUUGAGACCUGUCAAGCCCACACUUGAUAUGGAUCCCAGCCCGAUUUCGCCCAUGUCACAGGAUCUUCCUACUCUUCAUCGAGGAGGCAGGCCUUCCCAGACCUCUUUUAACGGCAGCAUGGUGACAAUCGACGAGUCCGUGGUCGCCUCGGACCGCCAGCGGGCUCAGGAUGAAAUGGAGAUGCUAUACGCAGCGGUCAUGGAGCAUGAUGCCCAAAAAACCGCUGGAGUUGAUAUCGAUAUCACUGCGAGGAAUUCGGAUUCUCAGAGUAAUUCACCGGCUAGCCAAUACACCAACCCAUUCACCGAUCGCCAUACCUCGCAAAACUCGGAAUACUCAUCCUCGGGUCUUUUGAAUGCUCCCUUGAAAUCUCCCAAGCCGUCUCGCUUAACGAAGUUAUUCAGCUCCAACUCUCGAUCAAAUCCGGAUGCAGGUAAAUUGAAGUCUCCGCGGCUUAGCAUUCGCAAGCAACAGAUUUCCUCUCCUCUUGGUUCUCCUGGUCCUCUUGGUUCUCCAGAGAUUCGUUCGCCCCAGCCUUAUAUUCCUGAACAGCCGCCUCUAUCACCACGGAUCUAUAACCCCGGCCCGCCUCCUUCAAUCCCCUCAACUCGCCCAGGACUAGCUUUUGGUCAGAACACGCUUCCGGUUAUGCCUCCCUCGGGACGUUCAAGAGCACCCGCUCCCUUAAACUUGUCUACCACCAACCAGGCAGCAUCUAAUCUGCCGUUCCGUGAUGCAUAUCCUCUGCGUAGUGCGCCGGCAACCAAGACUACUAUUCUGGAGAGGCCUGUGAAGAAUUCACAUGGACCUGUAACUGGCAUGCCGACACCGUACAGUGCAUACAUGCCUUUCACUCCGGUGACGCCGUUCACACCUGGCCGAACAGUCACAAAGCGUCAACGCAGACGCGAGGAGAAGGAGAAUGGUCUCCGAGUUCUGAAUGAAGAUGAUCUAGUCAAAGACGAUCACGACGUGUGGGGUUGA